CUGUGGACCACCCUAGGGUGGUACAGGUAGUAUUAUGAAGGCACCUGGCACCUCAAAUAGGGACGUGGGGUAGUGGGCGUUUUUCAGCUAUACCCCCCGCGACAGAACAUGAGAAGUGUAGUGGUGGACUAUGAGAAAUCUCUUCUGCUGUCAACUGACAGGACACGACGUGGAGGUUAUGAUUUGUUUGUAUCAAUGCGGACUGCGAUAGAUUCUGAUAUUUGUUUUGCCCUGCCCAUGCCGACAUGUACACUCUGUUCUAUGGACUUUACAAGUACUUGGUACAGAAGGAUGAAUACUGCGUGUUGAUAUUAGGACUAGACAAUGCUGGUAAAACAACGUAUUUGGAGUCAGCGAAAACACAACUACUUUGUCAGUACCAAGGCAUGAAUCCUAGUAAAAUAACGAGUACUGUUGGUCUCAAUAUUGGACGAGUUGUUGUUGGAGGUAUUGCUCUCAAUUUCUGGGAUCUUGGUGGCCAGCAAGAACUCCAAUCCUUAUGGGACAAGUACUAUGCAGAGUCACAUGCUGUUAUAUAUAUAGUGGAUUCGUCAGAUCGAGAUAGAAUAUCUGAAUCUAAAGAGACCUUUGACAAAAUGAUUAGUAGCCAGAGUCUACAGGGUGUACCACUUUUAGUACUGGCUAAUAAACAAGAUGUCACAGACUGCAUGGGAGUGCGAGAAGUAAAACCAAUUUUUAAUCAAAACGCACAUUUGAUUGGAAGAAGAGACUGCAUGGUUAUGCCUAUUUCAGCUCUUACAGGGGAAGGAGUUGAUGAAGGGAUUCGAUGGUUAGUAGGCUGCAUCAAGAGAAACAGUGAUGUUCGACCUCCAAGGAAUCAGGAUUCAUAACCAGAGAUGAACUUUUGUAGCCAGAUUGUUGAAUAACCAAGAUUUGCAAUUGUAUCAAAACAAUGUUAUCUCAUAUGUCAUCAAUAAUACUUCAAAUCUGAAACAAAAGACAUAUUUUGCCUUUUCAACUCCAUUUGGAAAAUGUAAAUUUAGUGAGAGACUUCAAUCUAUCAUAUUUUUGUAGUCACAUCAAAUAUCUAACUAUUUUUUUAAAGUCAUUAAAUAAUUCUUAAGCUA